CGCUGAUGAAGGUUACGGCGACUGCGAACAACACAACAAUUAGGCACAGUAAUACGAACGUGAGUUUGGAAUAGCCCCGUUAGGCAGCUUUCGAGAAGGCGCGUGGAAGUGAUCGCCGGCAGUAGCGUCGCCGCACUAGGCCGCAAAGGGCCACUGGCUGGAGGGGUGCUGCUGCAGGCGGCUGGGAGUGAGAAAACCGAGCGAGAUCCAUCAGCCUGCGAGCCAGCGGUGGCUGGAGAUGGAUGGGUUUGCACAGCGGCUCGGCCCCCGUAAGGUUCGCUAGGAGGCCCCCGGGGUAAUGCUAGGCCUGCUGGAAGCAGCAGCGCUAGGCGAGGCGCUGGCCACGACUGGCUUGACACCGCCGGUGCCUGCUAGCGGCACUGCUAGGCGUGCCAGGCGGCCUGCGCGCAUGUACCGGCGCGGACAAUUUGGGCUCCGUUCCCACUGCAAUCGCCAGGCCGGGUACAAGCCCUGCGCUGCUCAUGCCUGGCGCGGCCGAGCGAGGCUUGCGCAAGGCACGAACUUGGCGGCCGGCACUCAGUGCCGCAAGGUGGUGUGCAGAAGCGCUCUGCCGAUGACUAAGAUCGGUCGGCAGUCUCAACCAAGGCAAUUUUUUUUUUCCCGAAACAAGCCAGAAGGUUCAAGGCCGGUUUUGGCUGCGUCUAGCCCUGGGAGCGAAUCUGCGUUUGCGCCACCCGCGCCGCAUUACUCGCAUUUGAUCGACCGGACGAAAAGAGCAAGAAAAAGAGAGUCGGGCUCUGGUCCCUGCGCGGCCAGGCUCGCCAUUGUCAGUCCGGAUGGAUCCCCCAGAGCAGCACUUGUUCUGGAGACUGUCCGUGUCUGGGCACUCAUACGAGAAUUCCGCGUGGUCACAGCGUUCGCCUCCCUCGACGAGGCAUUAUUCGAGCAAAAACCUGGUCGCCCGAGCCAUCUCCGCUGGCCUGUUGACACAUCGAAACUGGCCCUGAGUCGCAGCGGGCUCCAUCUCGCAGAGUCGCAGCGAAAGCACAGUGGCCGGACGAUGGCCUCAGUGGGCUCGCGGUGGAGAUGCGAUGGAACCUGCGGUGGGCUGCAUCAGUGGCUUCGGUGGGCCGCGGUGGACCGCUAGGGCAGGGGGCCCGCUAUUACGGCGUCCACACUGAGGGCAGGGCUGCACAUCCGUCCUAUCACAAUGACGUUUGCGGGCUUGCGCAGAGAAUGACACGGCCGCGCGAGGAACGAAGAAAAAAUCUUGACGACGAGCGGUCCACUUGGCAGAAACUCGCUUCCAUCACAAAACCGCAAUCCACCGCGAAACUCUCGGCCGUCAGUCAUUUCACUGAUUUCCGCUUCUGUUCAGGGUUCCGCAUGGACCCGGCACGCACGGCAGGGUCCUGCUCCCUUGAGAUCACGUCAAUGUGCGUGCGAGAUUGAUUCUGCUCCCGGUUUGUGCUGGCCACGAUGGCUUCUUUUUACGUACAA